AAUCGAAUUCUACUGAUGGUGGAUAGUCAAGUAUUUGCUAGGACGUCUGAAAGACUAACAAAUAAAAGUGUUAGCCCUGGUGCAAUAGACAGUAAAAAUACUAGUAAUUCGAAUGAUGUGUACCACUCUAGCAAUGGACCUAAUGCGUUUCCACAAGUAAACAAUGGUCCUAAUCAAUCUAAUAUAUUAUCUUAUCUUAAUUCAUUAAAAAAAAUACAAUCUUAUCCAGUACCACGAGGAGAGAUUAUCGAAAAUGAAUAUCUUUCAGAUCCAGAAAAACCCAGGACAUCCCCAAUGCCACAGCCAAUUCCCCCUGCUGCUAUCUGUUCCUUAUGCGGCGGAAACUUUGGAUAACUUAUUUAAGAUUUGAACAUACCUACACAUUAUUAUUAUAUUUAUAAUUUGCAUCAGAACCACGUGAAUAAUCUGUAAAACCAUUCUGGAAAUUAUUAAACAUAUUUAUAAAAAAA